UUUUUUCCUCUUCUCUCUCCCUCGCCGUCUGUUACUAAGGGAAGAAAAAAAUGAAUCAGAAAACAUGGCCAGCACCAUCGGACGGACCAAACUACUCAGCUUUACCGCUAGCGAAAUUCAACAACAACUUACACCUCCAUAAUCAACAACACCAACAGGAAUUUCACAAGAGAAGACACUUUGCAGUCGACAAAACAACAAAGUCAUAUCACGGGCAUCACUAUCAAUCAAAUUCAUCAUCAAAAUCAAAAACAAAAUACAAAUCAUCAAGACCCACAUCAUCAAUUUCAUCAUUAAAACCACCAGAUUACUCUAAUUUCUCAUUACUUCCUUAUGAUGUAUUAUCAAGAAUUGCAGCUUCAUUUACAUUACCAGAUUUAAGGUCAUCAUCAUUAGUAUGUAAAUCAUGGAGAGAUGCAUUAAAACCAUUAAGAGAAGCUAUGUUAUUUGUUCGUUGGGGUAAAAGAUAUAAACAUGGUAAAGGUGGUGUUAGACCUAAUAUUCAGAAAGCAUUAGAUUCGUUCUUACAAGGUUCGGUUCGUGGUUCUACACUUGCUAUGGUUGAUGCUGGUCUUAUUUAUUGGGAAAUGGGUAAAAGAGAAGAAGGAAUUGUUUUUUACAGAAGAGCUGCAGAACUCGGUGAUCCUGCUGGUCGUUGUAAUUUGGGGAUUUCUUACUUACAAGCUGAUCCUCCUAAUCCGAAGGAGGCCGUAAAAUGGCUAUAUAAAGCCUCAGAUGCUGGCCACUCACGUGCACAGUAUCAGCUUGCACUCUGCCUACAUCAAGGGCGAGGUGUGGAGUGCAACAUAAGGGAAGCUGCCAGUUGGUAUGUGAGAGCUGCUGAAGGUGGAAAUGUGCGUUCCAUGUACAAUGCUUCCUUAUGCUACUCCUCUGGUGAAGGCUUGCUGUUCAAUCAUCGUCAAGCAAAGAAGUGGAUGAAACAUGCUGCUGAUCAUGGUCACAGUAAAGCUCAGUUUGAGCAUGGGCUUGGAUUGUUCUCUGAAGGGAAGAUGAUGCGAGCACUUAUUUACCUAGAGCUUGCCAUUCGAGCAGGCGAAAAUGCUGCAGCUGAAGUUAAGAAUAUUAUACUCCAAGAGUUGACGCAAGGCUCUCGAGAUUAUGCGAUGCGGCUUGCUGACAACUGGAGGCCUCUGCUUUCUUCGCACUGAGAAAAUAAAUUGAUGGCAAGUCCAUAAUUGAAUAAGCUUCUAAGGCUGCCUUCUUAGGCACCGGUGAUUCCUUUUAUUUAAAAUUUAAAUGGAUUCCAUUCCUUUUAUUUAAAAUUUAAAUGGAUUCCAUCUCGUUCGCGAUGAUUUUAUC